AUGAAUAACACAGAUAAUAGCGAAUUGGUAAAGGAAAACAAGGAUGUAAGCAGCUCGAACACGACGAAAACCCUGUGGGUAGGGGAGCUAGACAAAGUAAAAGACGAAGUGGUAGAUGAGAACUAUCUAUUACACUGUAUGUUUUACGAAUUUGCUGAAGAUAUAAUAAAAGUAAAAUUAUGCAAGGAGAAGAAUUCACAAAAAUAUUCCUAUGCAUUUAUAGAAUUCACCAAUUAUGACAUCGCCAAAUAUUGCUUUGAUAAUUUAAACGGUAAGUGGAUACCUGGAAGGAUACACAGGUUUAAGUUGAAUUGGGCCAAAUACAAUGUAAGUGAUAAUGUUAAUACGACCGAGAAGAACCUAGACGUUGAGCUUGAUGAUAAGGGCACAUAUUCUAUAUACGUUGGGGGGAUACCCAAAGGAACAACAAAGGAAGAAAUUGAAACCCUCUUUUGCCGAUUUUACUCUAGUAUCUGCUUCGUGAAGAUGAUUAAAAAUACACAAAAAAAUCAAAAUAAAAUGUAUUGCUUUAUUCAUUUUUUUAAUCACGAUGAAUGUGUUAGAGCUUUAACCGAAAUGAAUGGCUGUGAAUUUAAGGGAUGUAGAAUUAAGGUGAGCACAUCCAAUGGGAUAAAAAUGAGCAGGGGGGGCGUGGAAGGAAACAAUUACUACUACAAAAAUAACAAUUAUCAAAUGCAUAUGGACAGCUUGAAAGGAAUGAACAUGGGAAGCUACAAUGUGGACCCGUAUGGCGGCAACUACGUCCAGGGGGGAUACACACAGGGUAACUAUCAACAGGGCAGUUACAACCAGGCAGGCUACCCACCCGGCAACUACAACCAAGUAAACUACAACGCACAUAGCUGUAACGGAAAUGUUGGAAACGUUGGAAACAACAACGGGUGGACUAGCAGCAACCCCCACAACUGUGGCACAGACAGUAGUAAGGGAGCGAACAACCAGGGGGAUGAGGAAGAAAAUAAGAACGUUGCUACAGCUGGAGUAGCAACUCCUGCGGGUGUGUCCACAGGGGGAGAUUCCAACAAAAACUACUACAUGUAUUACGACAACGUAAACAGUGAACUGAACAAUCCCUAUAAGGUAAACUACUACGACCAUCUGAGCUCCAAUGUGACUUCCUACCCUGCGUACAGCACCACAGCAAACCAUGGGACGACUAGCCUCUCGUAUAAUUCGAACAGCUACGGCAGUGAGAUGAACUACUACCCUGGUCAAAUGACUCAAAUGGCCCCAAUGAACAACUACGGAAGUGAUGUCAAUCAUACGAAUAACUUGCCCGGGAGCAAUGGACAAGUGAGCAAUUACACCUCGCAAUUUAAUUGCAUCACUAAUUAUAAUCUCACCCCUGGAAAGGAGGAUGAACAGAAUCUUAUAAACAACUACAGAAUGGGAAAUGUAAAUUAUGCUUCUGUUGUUAACAACGAACAUGCUGAUGAUGGAGUGCAAAACAUGACACAUGAAAAAAAGGAAGGAAAUGGGAACCUAAAAAAUGAACAUAUGUCGACUGAAGAUAAUAUUAUAAAUCAUAUGACGAAAAAAAAUGGAAUGAUGGAAGGAAACAUAAACAGCAUGAACCACUCCUAUGGGCUAAACAUGUACAACCGCCCCUGCCCAAGCAAUGAAUAUAAUAACAAUGGCUUUAACACAAUGGGUCUUGAUAAGAUUAAUACAAAUGACCAAAUUAACUGUAAUGGCAACAUGGGGACUUGUCAUCCCAACGAUAUGAACGGCAUGAAUAAUUAUUACUAUGAUGGCGACGCGCAGAAUAUCAAAGGAAGAAGUAACAAGGAGAACAACAAUAACAAUAACAAUAACAGGAAUCAUAGCAACACUAACAAUAGCACGAACAAUGGAAGUGUAGACAAUAAUGAGACUAUUGACAAUGAACAGAGCGUUCACAAUAAUGACAUUGUUGAUAGCGACCACAGCGAUGGCAAGGAUGACAAUAACGAUCAGGAUAAUAAGUGA